CUCCUUCGUAUUAUGCCAUCACCUAUUCCUCUUAAUUGCUUUCUUUCUUUUGAGUAUUCCCCCUCCGCGGAUUUGCGCCCCUGCAGCAGUCCUUUAGUUAUCCUUGGCAAGGGCAGCAAAAGCUCUCUGGGAGGAGCUUCUUCAGCCAGGACCCAUCGCUUGCCUCCACGCCUGUCCUGGUGCUGCAUCGACUGGGAGCAGCUCUGCCUCCUGCAGCCCCUAGGCUCUGGGGGCUUUGGCUCUGUCUACAAAGCCACCUACCGUGGUGCAACGGUGGCUGUGAAGCAGGUGAAGAAGAGCAGCAAGAACCGGCUGGCAUCCCGGCAGAGCUUCUGGGCGGAGCUGAACGUGGCCCAGCUCCAGCACGACAAUGUGGUACGUGUGGUGGCUGCCAGCACGUGUGCCCCGGCCAGCGACAACAGCCUGGGCACCAUCAUCAUGGAGUACGUGGGAAACAUCACCCUGCACCAUGUGAUCUACGGCACCGGGGAUGCGUGGAGGCAGGGGGAGGAUGAGGAAGGAGGAUGUGGAAGGAAGGCCCUGGGCAUGGAAGAGGCUGUGCGCUAUUCUUGUGACAUCGUGACAGGCUUAGCCUUUCUGCACUCGCAGGACGUUGUGCACUUGGACCUGAAGCCUGCAAACAUUUUCAUCACUGAGCAGGGAGUGUGCAAGAUCGGAGACUUCGGGUGCUCCCAGAAACUGGAGAAGGGCUUGUCCCACAGCACCCAUAUUUGCCAGCAGGGCGGCACGUACACGCACCGCGCCCCCGAGCUGCUCAAGGGGGAGCGGGUGACGGCCAAAGCGGACAUCUACUCGUUCGCCAUCACGCUGUGGCAGAUGGUGAUGCGGGAGCAGCCGUACCUGGGCGAGCGGCAGCACGUCCUGUACGCCGUGGUCGCCUACGAGCUGCGGCCGCCGCUGCGCGCCGCGGUGUUCCGGGGGCCGCCCGCGGGCCGGGCGCUGCGCCGCAUCAUCCGCGGCUGCUGGCGCGCCAGCGCGGAGCGCCGCCCCAGCGCUCGGCAGCUGCUGCCCAGCCUCCGCGCCCUCGGGCACAGCCUCUAG